AUGGCAAGUAUGAUGCACAACAAUCUCCCAGUCUUCGACGGAAAAGACUUUGAUGACUGGUGCGUUAAAAUGGAGGCGAUUCUUGGGUAUCAAGAAGUUGAUGAAGUCGUGAAACAGGGAAUUAAAGAAACCAAAGAAGAUGAUACAGUAGCAGCCAAGAAACUUCGCAAAGAAGAGCGUCAUAUGGAUUGCAAAGCUAGAAUGCUUCUUCAUCAAUGCGUUUCUCCAACCAUCUUUCAAAAGAUCUCUAAAGCGUCUACUGCCAAGGAAGCCUGGGAUAUCCUCCAAGAAGGAUAUGGGAACACGGGAAAAGUCAAAGAGGUGCGANUACAAGCGUUANAGCGCCAAUAUGAGCUUNUGGGCAUGGGCNNAGAAGAAACUGUNAUAGAAUACAUGGGUAGAAUUCAAACUCUUGUCAAUGACAUGAGAGCCUGCGGAAAAGUGGUAAAGGAUAGAAAGCUCAUCCAAAAAGUUUUGCGUAGUCUAACGCCACAGUAUGAUCAUAUAGUAAUCACCAUUGAAGAAUGCAGAGAUCUUGAAACGCUGAAAAUUGAGGAAUUACAGAACUCCCUCGUUGCCCAUGAACAGAGACUGNUGGAAAGNAAAAAUGUUGAGAAAGCANAAGCGACACAAGCAACGAAUCAAGCUUUCCAAGCAAGAACAAAACCAGGUUUCAAGAACCGAGGCAGAGGUAGAGGAAGAUCGCGUGGUGGUGGUGGCCCGCGUGGUGGUGGUGGCCGAAAUGGAGAAAGAAAUGUGACAUACUCAGAACAAAGCGNUGAANAAAAUGGAGAGAAUGGAGGUAGCAGAGGCGGUAGAUGUCCGAGAGGUAGAGGCAGAAAAGGCANAGAUAAACGGAACAUACAGUGUUACACCUGCAAGAAGUAUGGUCACUACUCGUAUGAUUGCUGGCACAACGAGUCGGNCCAAAAGGGUAAAAGUAGUGAUACUGCAAAUCUGGCACAGGAUGCCCAUGAUUCUGAAUCUGAAUUGGUGGUAUUAAUGGGUGUUGCAAGCAAAAUCAGAAAAGUAGAUAAAGAUCUGAUGACGAAGGACAUGUGCUACAAGAAUGUAGAUUACACGUUACCUAUAGACAACACAACACGGCUGAAAGACAUGUCAAAGAUAAAGGACAGNUGUUGUCAAACAGGUACACANAAUAAAUGCAUUGAAAUCGUGUCACAUGCAGAUGAAGGANAACAUGCAAUAGGAAAAAUAAAGGACAGACGCGUUAUGUUNANAAACUAUAACCAAGACCAUGCGGAGAAUGAUCAGAGUUGGUAUCUCGACACGGGAUGCUCCAACCACAUGACUGGAAGAAGAGAUUGGCUGGUUGAGUUAGAUUCGAGGAAGAAAAGCAAGAUAAGGUUUGCAGAUGACAGCACGGUUAUGGCAGAAGGAGUUGGCAAAAUCUUGCUCACAUGCAAGAAUGGUGAAACUGCUUACAUGGAUGAAGUGUUGUUCGUUCCCACAAUGAAGAGCAAUUUACUAUGUCUUGGAUAG